AUCAGACCCAGGACUUCUUUGUGGUCAAAAGGCAAGGGGGAAGGAAACAAGACUGGAAGGCCUGUGAGACGUGAAACCUUUUCAGCUCUGCCCAGGGUGCUCCAGGCAAGCCCCAGGAGAGGACCUUCACCAAGCCCAAGGUCCGAGAUGAACAGCAGCGCUGGGGACCUGGGUGUUGGUGCUGGCGGCCGCAGCCCCUGGGGCGACCCUGCUGGCUUCAUUGUGGUGCCCACAGCCUACGCCUUGGCGCCGGGCCUGGGGCUGCCGGCCAACGUGGCGGCCCUGGCAGUGUUCGUCCGCCGCGGCAGGCGCCUGGACCAGGCCCUGCGUCUCCACCUGCUCAACCUGGCCAUGGCCGACGUGCUCUUCAUGCUUACACUGCCGCUGCGGCUCACCUACUACCUGGGCCCGACCCACUGGCCCUUCCUGGAGGCUGCCUGCCGCGCGGCCGGGACCACCUACUGCGUGUCCACCUACGCGGCCUUGGCCUUCGCGGCGCUCACCAGCGUGUGCCGCUGCGACUCGGUGCGGCCGCCCAGCCCUGCGCCGCUGGGGCCCCGCCCGCGCCACGUGUGCUGCUGCCCGGCUGGCCGGCCAGGCCUGUGCCGCACCCUCGCUGGCCGCCCCGCAUGCGCUGCGCCCCAGGCCGGGCAGCGCCAGUGUGGACCUGGCCUACGACACCGUGGCCGCCUUCCCCGCCGCCUUCCUGCUGGUGCUUGCGGCCUAUGUGAGCUUGGCGCGCGUGCUCGCGGCGCCCUCGGGCCCGAGCCCGGCCCUUGCCCCAGACGGUCCAAACCGGCGCGCGGCCAGGACAAUGGUGCUCGGGCACCUGUUGGUCUUUGCCCUCUGCCUGGCGCCCUACCACCUGCUGCUGGCGCCCUGGGUGGCCGGGCAGGAGGACACCGUGGGCCGCGACGACAGAGGGUGCCAGGCCACCUCCACGCUUGACGUCCUGCACACCCUCAGCCUGGCGCUGCUGAGUCUCAACAGCUGCCUGGACCCGCUCAUCUACUGCUUCUCUGUGCGCAGCUUCUGCCAGGACUGCUGGGCUCUGAGCUGCCUCCCGGGGGUAGGGAGGUCCGGGUCACACUCGGUCUCCUCGGCCUCCACAGCCUCCUCCUAGAGAGUCCCCUGGCCUGCUGCCUGCUUCACCCCUGCCACCCUCCCAGUGGCGUCCUGGGUGGUGAAAGCUCUUUGCAAGGACCUAGACUCCAGUCCUGACGCAGCCACAUACUAGCCGCCUGUAGUUGUAGACCUCCGGGCUCUGUCAAAAGGGGAAAGAACAUUCUUUAUUGACCCGAAUGUUUCCUAGACUUUGCCAGUGUUUGGAUACAGAUAAUAUGCCAUUGCUUUCAAAAUCUCUGGGGAUAAACCCCAAAGUCCUAAACAGGGCCUACAAGGGCUAACUGCCUCCUGCUUCUCUCUCAGCAUCCUCUCAUCCUCAUUUUCCCUCUUCUCCUCUACCACAUCUGCCCGUCUCCGUGGGUUGAGUCACCUUAUCAGUCCCUGGAACAGACCAGUUUCCUCCUCUUCAAAGCCUUUGCAGCUGACUGCCAGGAAUGAUGUCCCUCCGUCUCCUUUGCUAAGUUAAUUCCUUUCCAUUCUCACUUCCUCAAACGUAGCUGUAGGGAAGCCUUUGUUGACCAGCACCACAUACACCAUUCCCUAGACUGAGUUAGAUGGUUGCUCCUUUAUAGCUCUUUCCACACUUGCAAUCAAGCAAUUAACUGGUUCUUUUUUUUUUUUUUUCUGUUGUUCUUUUUCUCUGUAUUUAUGUCGAUCCAUAAGAGAGUGCCAUUUUUGUAGACCCAAAAGGGUUGAAUAGUGGCAGUUUUAUUUUCAUCCAAUUCAACUUAAUAAAUUCCAUGUUUGUCAUAUUUACUGUUUGCUACUGUGCCUUGCAUGUAGUAAGACCUCAGUAUGUCAGAUGAAUGCAUGAAACCUGAAUAUCAUUAGCUUAAAAUGCUCAAGGACUCACUCAGACAUUCUAGUCUCCGGUAGAUUUUCCUCAAGUGUUUCUGGGAUUCUCCAAGCUUGUAUUACCAGAUGCAUUCUUUUUGUUUGUUUGUUUUUGGUUUUUUUGCGGUAUGCGGGCCUCUCACUGUUGUGGCCUCUCCCGUUGCGGAGCACAGGCUCCGGACGCGCAGGCUCAGCGGCCAUGGCUCACAGGCCCAGCCGCCCCGCGACUCGUGGGAUCCUCCCGGACCGGGGCACGAACCCGUGUCCCCUGCAUCGGCAGGCAGACUCCCAACCACUGCGCCACCAGGGAAGCCCCCAGAUGCAUUCUUGAAGCAGUCCUGAUGAUUGCGUCCGUCUGCAGUUGCUGGUUACCCACGACUCUGCCAUCACCUCCACUGUCCCAAGAGUCCUGUGCCAAGACUUGGUGAUAACCAAGCUGGAGAUCCAUCCUGCCAUUAGCUGGGACAGGGAUCCGUCAGACUUGCUGCCUUCUGCUUCAGCUUAGCCGGGACUCUGUCACUGGGUGCAAAUCCCUGGCAAUGGUUCUGGCCACCAGUGCUUUCCCUCCUCGUGCCUUGAUGACUUAGCAGUUGGCUUCAAGUGGGGGAAUGGAACCACUCCCUCUCCUCGGCCAUGUUAUAGGGGGCCCCAUAACAAGGCUGCUUGGAUCUCAAGCUUAAUGAGUGAGGGCAGCAUGUUCAUGUUGCCAAGUCAGAUGGGUCAGGAAGGGUUCACCAGUCAGCUACCAUGUCUUACUGACCUCAGGUCCUAUUGCUGAAUUUGCCUUCUAAUGGUAAGUUUGAGAAAUUUCUUUAAUUUUUGAUACAUUACCUUUCAUUGUUCCCUUAUUCCUUCUUUAACUGUUUUCUUUUACAUUUUAAAAAUAAUGCUCAUGAAAAGAAAUUCAAAGCAGUAGAGAAAAAUGCAAAAUCAAAAAUAAAGCUUCUCCCGGUGGUAACCACCAUUCACAGUUUCUUGUGUAUCUUUCCAGAGAUUUUCUAUUACAGUACAGAUAUAGGUAUAGUCAAUUUCCUUCAAAAAUCCACAAAUGGGAUAGUGUUACAAGGCUCUUCUGCACUUUUCCUCAUUUAAUGUAUCUGUACUUCUUUUUAUAUCAGCACGUAUAGAUCUACCUCAUUCUUUUUAAUAGAUGCAGAGUAUUGAUUUCACUCAAUUGAUCCCCCUGUUGAUGGGCAUUUUUUUUAACAUCUUUAUUGGAGUAUA